UAAGUAUAAGACCCUCUUGGAAGAGGAAUGCGAUCACAUUGAAAAAUAAAUAACUCAUUGUGUUGCCCUGCGCCGCUCGAACCUGACAGAGACGCUCUCCAAAAUGCAGCAACAUCUUAUCCUAUCAUUUUUUCUGGCAUUCUUUUUCAAAAUCUGCACCGGUGCAGAUUGGUGCUACCAGUCCCAACAUACCUGUGACACCCCUUGUAAUGGACCUGAGAAGUGGGAUCAUGUUAACAGAGUCUGUGCAGGCGAUAACCAAUCCCCCAUCAACAUCGUCCACAGGAAGACCAUACCAGACAAUCGCCUCACACCCUUCCAGUUUAAACAGUACCAGGAUUCCUUCCAAGGCGCGAUCAAAAACAAUGGACACUCUGUGCAGGUGAACGUGCCUCACGAUGCCUAUGUGAUUGGCGGAGACCUGGAGACGCCCUAUAAGGCAGUGCAGUUCCACCUGCACUGGGGCAAGAACGGAGGACCAGGGUCAGAACACACCAUCGACGGAGAGCAGUACCCCAUGGAGCUGCAUAUUGUUCACAUGAAACAGCAGCACUCGAACUUGGGAGAUGCCUUGAAAGAUCCAUCCGGAGUUGCAGUCCUGGGAUUUUUCUACGAGGAAUCUCUCAGUGAAAACCGAAAAUAUGACCCCGUUGUAAAAGCUCUCCAGAGCAUCAGGACGACUCAUGCUCAAGCCACUCUGAGUGCUGUGUCUCUGGAGCAGCUGAUUCCUCCCCAGCAGAACCUGACCAACUACUACCGUUACAAAGGCUCCCUCACCACCCCCAACUGCACUGAGUCCGUGGUCUGGACCUUGUUUGAGAAGCCCAUUCCUCUCAGCAAAAACCAGCUGCGUAAGUUUUCAGAACUCCAGUUUAAGGACGGCAAGGACAUGGUGGACACCUUCCGGCCGGUGCAGCCCCUGAACCGCCGCGUUGUGUACCGGUCUGGAGGCGCAGUGGCGCUGGCUAGCGCCGCGCUCCUCGUGGCUUCUGUCGCCAUGGCGAUGGGACUGUCACAGCCCAACUAGAGGAAGGCCGAGCGAGCCGCACCACCACCACCACCACCACCAGCAUGAACACCAUGAGUUCUCAGAACCAACCGCCAAAUAAACGAACUAAACUAAACUACAGCAUCAAAUCAACCAACAUCCAUGCCCUAACCUUUGAAAACUCUCAACCAACAUGCCCCAGACCCCUUUACAAUGACCUAUAGGGAUUAAUUCCUUCUCAAACUUUAGUAUUAGAGCUCUCGAGUUCUACAGUUCAUAAGUUCAACAUCCCUCCCUGUUCAAUGUCGGGUCAAUUUAGAGUCCCCAGUCUAAAGUUACAAUACAAAAUGUGAGGACCCUCUGCUCUGUGUUCAGGUGGUCGGUCGGGCUGCUGCUAUAGGCUAAACAUAGAGGCCUAUACAUCCAUGACCUGAUUGGCACUGGACUGGCAAGUGAUCAUGUUCUUGAAUGGAACGUGUGGAUGGUGGCUAGUUGCUAUUAAUAGCCAGCAGUCAUAAAUACUUUCCAGUCUCCAGAUUAAAAACCGAGAAGAGGAGAGAAAUGCCAUGGCCUGAUCUUUCCCUCUGCAUUGCCAAGUCCAUGAACUCCCGUUAUCACAACCACCGUCACCAGUUAGGUGAGCAUGCUAUUGCCACCCACCACGGGCCCCGGGGCAACAUUAUCUAAGGGGUAAGGAGGACGGAGGUCCCCAGAGCAAUAAUAAUAAUAAUAAUAUAUGCCAUUUAUUAUUAUUAUUAUCUAAGGGGUAAGGAGGACGGAGGUCCCCAGAGCAACACAUGAAUCACUCACCCAGGGGCCCAGGGGGAACUAAAAGACACAGGCCGACCCAUGAGGAACACAACACACCAUAGUGAGUGUUAAAGUGUUUAGAGGCUGGACUGUCCCUGUCCCGACCCCCCCCCCUGGUCACACAUGAGCUCCACCUCUUGGUGGAGGAAGAGGAGGUGGAGGAAGAUGCGGAGCUGGAGUGAUGAGCUUUCCGGCUCCCUCCAAAACUGCUCUGACACUAGGUCAUGAGGCGAUUGACAGCGGCUAUUCUGAACACACAGAAGAAGACUAGAAGCUGAAAUAGGGAGUGGACACAGUGAAUAUUUAAAAUAACCAACUAAUUGAUUGAUAAAUAGAUAGAUUAAUUGAUUGACAGAUUGAUUGAUACUUAUUUGACCAAUGGCAUUAUAGUUUUAUGGCCAAUUAUCCAUAUCCAAAUGUUUAGCAUGGAUCUGCAUGUUGUCUCUCUCUCUCAUGCUGUAACAGAGCAAGAGAACCAUAGAGACUGUACACACUUUCUACCUAAGCCACUUCAGAAACUGUAUACUUCUCCACCAGCUCGGCCAAUUAAACUGUUAAACCCUUUUGAGAACAUGUGACCUUGUGUUCACAGCUUUUAUUACAGGGGUCUUGAAUGCACUGAAUGUUACCUACUGUGAAUUAUUUACUCCAAUAUGAUCAAGACAAGACUGAUGUACAGAUUGAACUAGGAAUAUUAAUUAUAUACAUGUUCCGUUUGUUUCAUAGUGCACCAAUGUUAUAUUACAUUUAUAUACUGUGUAAUGUGUACACGUAUUUUGUGUACUGUAUGUGUAUUGAUAUAUAUAUAUAUAAGGACAUACUGUUAAUGUUAUUUAUAUACAGCUUGGUGUUUAAAAGUUUAAAUAUAAUGAUUGUUUCUGCCUUGGCCAAGUCUCCCUUGAAAAAAAGAGACUCUGGGUCUCAAUGGGCUUUUCCUGGUUAAAUAAAAGUUCAAUAAAUACACAACUAUAGAUAUAUAUAUAUAUAUUUCAGAAUGAAAACCAAUCUCCCCCCCCCCCCAAAAAAAAAGGGGAAAUGGAUUACAUUAGCAAGUUGUUUCUGACCAAUUCAAAAUAUGUUAACUCUUGAAAUGAGAUAUGUUCAGAAGUAUUAAACGUUUGAGUUUGUUUGGUUGUAAUGUUUGAAAAUGUUAUACGUGAUAUGGAGAAUGAGUUCCGAUUGAAUAAACUACUGACAUGCCUUUUUGUUAA